UGUUUGUUUGUUUUUAGCUUAUUUGCACUAAUCUUGAUGAACUCAGGGAAUUAAUCACAAAAAUCGAGAACGAACUCAAAGAUCUGGAGAACAUUAGAAAGAAAUCGGAUCAUUGGAAGAAGCUGAAUUAUCAGAGGCCUUUUUUUGGAGUUAUGACCCCUUUGAAGUGACUGGAAUUUCUCUCUCCUUCAUGACAUUCCCCCUGCUGAUCCCCACUUUAGAGGAAUGUGACCUCUACAUAUCUGAUGUUCCCUCCUCAGGAUUAGACCUUGGUCCCAGUUUUCAGCAUCCUGAAAAAGUAAACAUUUCAGGAAGAUGGUACCAUCGGAAACAAGCAGUAAAGGAGUUGCACUGUACAUUGGUACGACUGCUAAAUGAAUUGUUACCAUGGGAACCAAAACUAAUGAAGGCUUUUCAGAGAAACAGGUCUCGACUGAAGAAGGACUAUGAUGAUUUCAGAAGACAGCCAGACCAUGAUAAAUUUACCAGAGAACUAUGGAGUAAUGAAGAAGGUGAAGUUGAUAACGGAAAAGAAUCUUUCAGUGCAGUAACCAGUAAAUCUUCAGAAGCUGCAGAGCAUCUGGAGAUCCUGCAAAAAGAUCACUCAGAGUUUGAUGAAAUGAAACUGGAAAUGGAGUUUCCUGCAGGAAGGAGCAGACUACUGAAGAAAGAAUUGACUUCUAAAGAAAUACAGAAGACGCUGCCCAAAUCUAUUAAACGUCAGUCCAAGCAAAAUAGUUACCUGGAUGACAGCACAAAAGACCUUUCACCGAGGAAGAAAGCUAAAUUAAGCACAAAUGAGGCAACGGUCCAGAGUGCAGAAAGUGAGAUGCACACUAACAGUUGUUUGAGUGAACUGAAACAAAGUGGGCUAUCGCCUCUAGAAUCAUUUACCUUGACAGAUUCUGCAACGUCAGUAUCAAGCUUUCUGAAAGAGACCAAACCCAUCCAGGCUUUGCUUGCCAAGAAUAUUGGGAACAAAGUGACCUUAACAAAUCAGCUGACAACGCCUAUGGGUAUGGACAUAUUUGCUUCUGAAAAGGCAGUUAUGUCACCUGUGGAGUCAUCCCCACUAAAGCCAGCAUUGCCCUGCAAGACCAAUUCAAAUAGUCCUUUACAAAUGGUAUACAAAAUGCCAAGUGGCCAUUGCGUACCAGUAGAUGUCCAUAACAGCUCAGUGAAGAUUCAAAUGCAGCCUGUGAUUGACCCUAAAACAGGAGAAAAAGUCAUGCAGCAAGUUCUUAUUUUACCCCAAAAUUUUCUCAUACAACACAAAGAAGGAAAAGCAGUGGCAAAGCUGCACUGUGCAUCUUUUCCACAGGCAGCACAUGUUAAUGAUUCUUUAGCACCUGUUCUUGUAAAUCCAACUGUAAAUGCUACUACUCAACUGUCUUCUACAGUUUUUAACAAGAGUGUUACACAUCUGUCACAAGUGACUAGUCCAGUGAACAGACCACAAUCUUUGUCCUCUGUAACUGCAGCAAGUAACUUACAAGCAUCAGCAGUUAAAAUGAGCCAAAGUGAAGCUGGCAAAACGAAGACUUCAGUUUCACCUGCCACAUUCUCUGUACCUUUACCUUCAUCCACUGUUUCCACAUUAGGUCAGCCUUUGGCAUCAGCAACAACACUAAGUGGAUCUGCAAAUACUGCUUGUUCCAUUCACAGUCUAGCACGACAGCAGACUAGUGACUCCUGUGAAGCUAAACAGGAGCUUAAAACAGUGUGUAUAAGAGAAUCACAGUCCAUUCUUGUCACAACACGAGGGGGGAACACUGGAAUUGUUAAAGUACAGACAAACCCAGACCAGAUUUCACCUAAUACUUUAUCUCCAAAUUCAGUUUUCACUUAUGCACCUCAGCUUCAGGCAUUUUUGGUUCCAAAAUCCACUACGUUGUCAACCUCUCCUUUUUCAUCUAUAGUGACAGCCGCAUCUAGUCUCCCACUGUUUGGUCAGUCUUUUGUUUCUGGGUUUGCCCCCUCAACAUCAUCUUCUGUUACCAUUCCAGCCAUUCCUGCAGGCUUAAACCAGAUUAUAGGGAAAAAUCUCAAAUUUCCAUUAGGGCAGCUUCCCACUAGUGGCAGUUUCGAUCAAGUAAUAGAGAAAACUCAACAGGUAUCAUCUUCUACUUUCUUGUCCUCCAUUUCGUCAACUAGCACUUUGGUGCCAGCAACUCCAAAUAGUACUGUUAAUGUAAUUAGCAUUUCUUCAGGAAAUAUUGAACAAAGUAGCACAGUCAUUACCCAGACUCCUUCAAUACAGCAACAAGUUAAUAUUAAAACCAAAAAAUGUCCUGUUACACAACCUGAGACAGCUACAGCAACAAAUGGAGAUGUGAUCCGUGGUGCUCCGAUUCAAAAACUUAUGUUGGUCACAAAUCCACCUAUUCUUUCUCCUUGUGGAGCUACAGGAGUAAAUAUAAUACCUGCUCCAACAUCCACUGGUGUUAGUGCCCAAAAAUUAGUUUUCAUUAAUGCUCCAAUUCCCAGUAGCUCAUCAAACACCAGUCUAGUGGCAGAAUCAUUAAAACAGACCCAGCCUUCCUCCGUAGGCAAAACAUAUGUUAACACCCCAGAACAACCUCAGUUACUUCUAAUUCCAUCUACAAUGGGAGCACCGGUAAAAGUAAGUUCAUCACCUACUGUGUCUCAAGUAAAAGAUGUUAAAAUUGGACUAAACAUAGGCCAAGCCAUUGUAAAUACCACAGGCAAUGCACAGCAUGUUCCACCAAUUAACAUAUUGAAGUCUGCAGCCCCCAAAGGAACAGAUGACAUAAACAGCAAGGGUUUUAUAUUGCCUUUGUCAACAAGUGGUAGUUUCGUUCCAGGAUGUUCAGGUUUUGUGAGUCAAAGUAUUACAUCUGUUAAUGAAUCUAUAGGUGUUGCAACAAAAGCAGCAAAAGCUUUUACAGUAACAACAGCAAAUGCAUGUUUAGAUUCUGUUUCAGUGACACCAAGUGGGACUUAUGCUGGCACGCGACCCACUGUUUUGGUUAGUGGAAAUGACACUUCUUCAAGAAUAAGGCCAGUUUUAACUAGUCGACUAUGUACAUCAAAUAUUGGAAAUACUAUGGCCAUAUCAACUGUGAAAACCGGACAUCUUGCUUCAUCUGUUCUUAUUUCAACUACACAACCAAGAGUAUCUUCUCAGAGUGUAUCAUCUGCUUUACAGUUUCCAGUUACCUUGCCUGGACCUGUGACAGCCUCCACUAAAGUCAUUCAAACCGUUCCUCACUUGACAGCCGUUCCAGCUGCUGCACGUCUGCCCCUUUCGAAAGGACAGCCCCCCACACUGAUACAAUUUCAGUCACCAGGAAUUUCAGCUGCAGUGCCAACUAAUGCAAACUUUCACAAACCUCAAAAUGUAAUGCCAUCUGCUUCACCAAAUACAGGUAAAAUAAUUAAUUUUUCCAACUUCGCUUCUCUCCCAUGCCAACAGAUACCUCCUAGUUUAGCCAAACCAGCUCACGCUUACUCUUGUGUUCCAGGUGCCUCUGUCAUUCAGACUGCUGCUGCUUCACCGAUUGUAACUAGUCAGGCAAUGGGUCAGUUGAGUGAAACUUGUAUUCCACAGAAAAUAGUUAUUAACACCUCUACGCCUUUGGCACCUGGAACUCAUAUCAUGAUUAAUGGCACUCGAUUUAUUGUUCCACCGCAAGGCCUUGUAGCAGGCACCCAUGUUCUUCUCAUCUCUGCUAAUCCAAAACAGGGACCUCCUUUACUUCUUAACAAUGGCCAAGGGGCUCGAGGUGUACCAUUUGUUAAUCAUAUUCCCCAGAACAUCACACUAGCACCAAGUAACUCAUUAAGUUGGCAGACAUCAAAACAUCCUCUGAAAAGCUCUACAAAAAUUGUGAACUCUCUUGGGACAGCAAACACUCUGCCCAUCGUACAUGCAACACCACAGAUAGUAAACACUGCUGCUAAAUCAUGUGUUCCACCCUCUGUAACAACACUGUCUGUGUCUUCAGUGAUAAAACCUCCAGUUAAUGUUUUGGCUAAAACUUCUUUGGUUCCUGCCAUAAAUGCUGAUAACUCUCAGUUACCAAGUAGCACUUCAGUAUUUCACUUAGAUACAUCUAUCAAGAAACUGUUGGUCAGCCCAGAAGGAGCCAUUUUGAAUGCUAUAAAUACUCCAGCAUCAAAGGUGGCUUCUUCUCUGUCUUCAUCCCUGUCACCAGUUGCAGUGUCCAAAAGCAUAAAUGCUACUAGUGUCUUCCCUGUUUUUCAGUCAUCUGGUCUAGGUAAAUCUGACAAAGCCGCUUCCUGAAUUUGGAGUAAUCGAGCCAAUUUCACAUGUUUGGAGCAUUCUUUGGACUUUGGAAAUCAUUGUAACUGUUGAACAUUUCUUACACUGUUUGAAACAUACUUUAAAUAGUUGAUUUCUUUAAACUAUUUUGUAUUAGAUUGCAGCUGUUUUCAGUUUCCUUGUGGGAGAUGUAAGAGGCUCUGUCUGAUUUUCCUCUAAGCUAAGCUUUCAAAGGGUUAUUUAAUAAAAUGGUCAAAAUGACCAACUUGUUAAUAUACAUAGCAACGUGUAAAAUUUGAUUUUAGUUUAAAAGAAUCUAGCAUUUUGCACAUUUACAUUGACACGUUUCAUUUUACGAUUUGAACCAUUAGGCGGCAUGUUUAUAACAGUAUGUCUUUUUUUUUAUUUUUGUCAAAUCUUAUUUUUGUUUGAUUUGUUUCUGUAAAAAAGAUAUUUAUGCAUUGUAAAAAUCCAGUCCAUGAUGUAAAAUUGUACAUAUUCCUGAUCCUUAACAAUCUGUACUAAACUAUAUGUACAAAGAACUAUGCUGUCUUAUUUAUGUUUUGUUUACAUAAUGUAUAGUUUUUUAAGUAUUUUAGUAAUUUUGGACCAGUGUACUGUUAAGCAACAAUGCAGAAGAAUCUGCAUGUAAUAAAUCAAGUUGCUGUCCUGCUUUGUUGUGACA